GUUGAUCGUUAUCGCGGUUUCACCACGGUGUAUUUCAGUCGCUGUAAAGUGAUUAUUCGUGAAAGUGGAAAUUUCGUUCUCUUUUGGUACGCAACCAUGAAAGCGUUUGUUUACUUCGCAAUCUGCUGCCUCUCAAUAAAUGCAGUUGACGCCGGUCCCACACAGUGUCACUCAUGCAUUGAAGCUGACGACGCCUCUUGCUCUGCAAACCAGAAAAACCAAACCUGUGCCUCAGAUCCACUCUCUCUGGGAACCACUCACUGUGCUUCCGUAGCAAUCUCUUAUUAUGGGAACGAGACUGACAUCCUAAAUGAUAAACUACAUGACGGCUUCAUAAGAGGAUGCAUUGAUUGCGGAGAUAAAACUGCAGCCUGUUUUGCUCUUAUGGGUGCCCUAAAGGCUCAGAAGACAUGGAGCGUGCGGGAAUGUUCAAUCGAGUGUUGUACUGGUAACAACUGUAACAAGCAGACUCCAAACCUUCAUACUGGCGACAGAAAAAGAGUUUUUACACCAGAAGCUGACUGGCCCAAAAAAUGUAACUCUUGCAGUGAAAAAGACGCAAGUACUUGCGCAGCAAACGAACAAAGUCAAACCUGUGUGACAGAUCCUAAGUCACUGGGCACAGGCCAAUGUGCGUCUGUACUGGGACAAUACCGCGACAAGGAUGGCAAAAUCCAUGAAUCUUUCUUUCGAGGAUGCCUUCAAUGCACACACGCAAAACGAGCAUGUUUCAGUUUAGGUGGUUUCUUCAAGAGGAAUGGAGAAUGGACAAUGCAACAAUGUGCAAUCGAUUGCUGCCAGACGCGAAACUGUAACACUGGGGUCCCAACAAUGACCCCAGCUGCCCUACCUGUGUUUCCAGAGACAGCUGAGUGUAAUAGCUGCUUUGAGACUGAUUCAGGUUCAUGUAAGACAAAUCAAAAGCCUCAGUUUUGCGCUACAAGUGAAGAUUCACUGGGCACGAGUCACUGCGCCUCGAUGGCUGGAUCAUUUCGAGACCAAAAUGGAAACAAAGUGAAUGGUUUUUAUCGAGGAUGUGUGGAUUGUUCAGAAAAGAAGAUAGCCUGUUCAACUAUUGGUGGCUUUAUCAAAGCAAAUAGACGAUGGUCGUUGGGUCAGUGCGAAAUCACGUGCUGCACUGGUAGCAACUGUAACACUCAUAUCCCAACGUUGUCGGACGCUACAUCAAUUCAAGUUUUUCAGCCCCCAGCAUCGGGACAAAGUCUGCAAUGUCUGUAUUGCCUCAAAGUUAACAGCGGAAGGUGUUACGACGGCAAAGUUCAAGUUUGUGCCAGAGAUCGAGAAUCACUGGGUACCAGGCAAUGUUAUUCCGCAGCGAUCAGAUAUUGGGACGAAUCGAGAUUUCAAUCUCCCUCAAUCUAUGGUGGUUACGUCCAGGGAUGUAUUGAUUCAUGCGAAGACGAAAAAGCAGCUUGUGCCGCUAUCGCUGGCUUGCUGAAAGACCGUAAACUUUGGACGUUAACAGAAUGUAAAAUUCACUGCUGUACGGGCGACAAGUGUAACACUAAAGAAGUAUUCCUACCAUACCCUGGAAGCGACGGCUUCAGCACAAAGCGACCAACUGAUCACUCUUCGUUGUCAACUGAGUCGUCAAAUGUGUCGUCAACUGAGUCGUCAAAUGUGUCGUCAAAUGAGUCAACUAAAACAACUAAAGGAAGUCGCGGCAGUAGGCUCGCGUCGUUCUACGCGUUCACACUCGCGUCGUUCUAUACGUUGGCAGUCGCGUUUGGUCAUAUCUUUCACCAGUUAUAAAAGCAGAAGAUGAGAAAACGAAGAAAGACUGAAAGUAAAAUAGGAAAUUUAGUGAUCUAUUACUGGCUUUUUCUAUUAAUUUGAUUGUGACAAGAAAACAUCAAGUUAUUGAUCCUUUUGUUGGAAUUAUCUUCAUAAAGAAUAAACAGGGCAAACUUUAAUCAAA